AUGUAUAAGUCCAGACGGGGGGGUGCGCAGGCACCGCUACCGUGCGUCUCUCGGAUUUUUUUUUACAAGUCCGGAGAAGGGGGUGCGCAGGCACCGCUACCCCGGGACCCCUCCCGUGCGUCUCUCGGAAUUUUUUUUACAAGUCCGGAGAAGGGGGUGCGCAGGCACCGCUACCCCGGGACCCCUCCCGUGCGUCUCUCGGAAUUUUUUUUACAAGUCCGGAGAAGGGGGUGCGCAGGCACCGCUACCCCGGGACCCCUCCCGUGCGUCUCUCGGAAUUUUUUUUACAAGUCCGGAGAAGGGGGUGCGCAGGCACCGCUACCCCGGGACCCCUCCCGUGCGUCUCUCGGAAUUUUUUUUACAAGUCCGGAGAAGGGGGUGCGCAGGCACCGCUACCCCGGGACCCCUCCCGUGCGUCUCUCGGAAUUUUUUUUACAAGUCCGGAGAAGGGGGUGCGCAGGCACCGCUACCCCGGGACCCCUCCCGUGCGUCUCUCAGAAUUUUUUUUACAAGUCCGGAGAAGGGGGUGCGCACGCACCGCUACACUGGGUCCCCUCUCAAACAAAUUAUUUAUUGGCCGGGAGUCGAGCACUCAUGUGCCCGGCCCCGCCCGGGAGGCCUGGCCGCGGACUUUUCCGAUAUCAACGAGGGGGGGUGGGCACGCACCGCCACCCUGGGCCCCCUCUCAUCCGGCUAAUUGUUGGCCGGGAGUCGAGCCCUCAUGCACCCGGCCUCGGCCCGGAUGCCUGGCCGCGGACUCGUGCGACAUCAACGGGAUAGGGGGUGCGCACGCACCGCUGCACUGGAUAUUUUGUGCAAGCCCUUGGGGGCCCUUCUGCGAAUACCUUC